AUGUCUUCUUGUAACGCUCUGUGUAAGGAUGGAUCAUCAAUCAGCGACUCGGUUGAAGAGAUCCUAAGUUUGACACCAUUAAUAGAUGGCCAUGACGAUCUCCCUAUUGCCAUCAGGUUCUUUUACCAGAACAAGAUUUAUAACGAAAACUUUACGUUUGAUACAGAGUUGAUGGGCCAUGUUGACCUUCCGCGGUUAAGAAAAGGGCGCGUAGGGGGGACAUUUUGGAGCAUCUAUGUCGACUGUCCAGGAACCGAUAACAAUUUUACGGAUGCAGUUUAUUAUAAAGAUGUCCAUGACGCGCUCCAGCAGAUCGACCUCGUCCAUCGUCUUGUCGCCGCGUACCCGGAUGACCUUGAGCUUGCGCUCACCCCCUCGGCGGCCGUCAAGGCGCAUGCGGACCACAAAGUUGCGUCAAUGAUGGGCGUCGAGGGUCUGCAUAUGAUUGGCAACUCCGCGUCAACCCUGCGCCUGUACCACGCCCUCGGCGUCCGCUACGUAACGCUUAACCACAACUGCAACAACAAAUAUUCUGAUAGCGCCCUUCCUGCCGACGCACCUUUCUGGAACGGGCUCUCGAAAGAUGGUGAGGCUAUCAUCAAAGAGAUGAAUCGUCUAGGCAUGAUGGUAGAUCUGGCGCACACAAGUAAAGACACAAUGGUGGACACCUUGAGUGUUACGAGGGCGCCUGUCAUCUUCAGCCAUUCCUCUGCAUUCGCAAUCUGUCAUUCCCCUCGCAACGUCCCCGACGAUGUUCUCCACCUCGUAAAAGACAAUGGCGGUGUCGUGAUGGUCAACUUCUACCCCGAAUUUGUGCACUGCGGGCCCGGGAUUAACCCCGAAGACGCAACCAUAGAUGACGUCGCCGACCACAUACUACACAUUGCGGAACUUAUCGGAUGGGAGUAUGUCGGUAUUGGCUCAGAUUUCGAUGGAAUCCCUAUCGUUCCAAAGGGCCUGGAGGAUACGUCAAAGUUCCCGGCGCUUUUUGAAAUCCUUAUGUCUAGGGGAAUGACGGUGGAGCAGGGGAGAAUGUUGGCUGGAGAGAACGUGCUCAGGGUUUGGCGGGAUGUGGAGAAGGUGGCGAGGAAGAUGUUUGAGGAGGGAGUGCAGCCGUUGGAGGAUACGGUGAAGCAGUUGCAGUUUGAAAUGUAG